GUUAGGUUUUGCGCAGGGUCAUAAAGACUGUUGUCUGCUUUCACUAGCUAACUUCUUGCUGUACUUGAAGUGGGUUAGUUGGGACACCAUGGUGCUGUGGUCGAGGUUACCGUGUGCAAGUAAAUCUCUGUGGACGUGUUUAAUUAAUGCACGGUUCUUUGGAAAUGGGACGAAGGCUUUAUGGCAGAAGAGCCCAGGAUUCUUCCCUCCAUCUGAAGGAGUGAUGCUUCCACCUGGGACUUUUAAAGACAAAGUGGCCUUCAUCACAGGAGGAGGUACAGGCCUGGGUAAAGGCAUGACCACUGCUCUGUCUGCCCUUGGGGCACAGUGUGUCAUAGCCAGCAGAAAACUGGAUGUUCUGAAACAAACUGCUGAGGAAAUCUCAAAUCAGACUGGUAAUAAGGUUCAUGCUGUGCAGUGUGAUGUGAGGGACCCGGCCUCUGUAAAGGCUGCGGUAGACCAGCUGGUCACCGAUGUUGGGCUUCCUGAUGUGGUGAUCAACAACGCUGCAGGAAAUUUCAUUUCUCCUUCUGAAAAGCUCUCGGCCAACGCAUGGAGAACCAUAACAGAUAUAGUUCUGAAUGGCACAGCCUACAUCACGCUGGAUAUUGGGAAACGUCUAAUCAAAGCUGAAAAAGGUGCUGCUUUUCUGGCCAUCACCACCAUCUAUGCUGAGAGUGGAUCUGGAUUUGUUGUGCCCAGUGCAUCUGCUAAAGCAGGAGUGGAGGCACUGUGCAAGUCUCUGGCAGCAGAGUGGGGAAGAUAUGGCAUGAGGUUCAACGUUAUUCAGCCAGGGCCAAUCAAAACCAAGGGUGCUUUCAGCCGUCUGGACCCCGCAGGCACGUUUGAGAAGUCAAUGAUUGAGAAGAUACCAGUGGGUCGGCUUGGUACGCCGGGGGAGAUUGCCAAUCUGGCUGCUUACCUCUGCAGCGACUAUGCCAGCUGGGUGUCGGGUGCGAUCAUCAGAAUGGAUGGUGGUGAAUAUGUGUCUAUGGCUGGGGAAUUCAAUACACUGAGCAAGGUCACACCAGAGCAGUGGACUGUGAUGGAGGCCAUGAUCAGAAGCACAAAGGGCUCUUAAUGACUAAGGACUGUUGGCAGAUGAACACUUCACAGCUAACACCACUGGGACAACUUCGAAUUCUCACAUGAUCCUAAAGCUAUAACAGGAUCAGUAGGCAACACACCACUGCCAUUUAUGAACACAGUAUGAUGGAACUAAAGAAAUGAUAUGUGAAGAAAAGUGGCCAUGGGGAAGAAACAUCCAGAAUGUUUUCUCAAACUGUUGAGCCUUUUUCAAGACUGUUAUUUCACCAUAGACUCAUGUAAUUCAUAUUCAUUUAUAGUUAAUUCUGUAUUACUUGUUUUAGUAUUUUAGUGAUGAUUAAAACAAAUGUACUCCCUUGAAGUUGUGCGUAGAUGUACUGUUCCCAAAAGAAGUUAAUAAAUGUAGUAAAAACGUAA